UUAGAAUAUUCCGUUGUAUCGAUCGAACCACCCGUCGUGGAUCCUCGCUCGGCACACGCGAACCGUCGGAUCCGGCCCGUUGCUGGUCCCACCACCCGCCUGCCAGUCCACCCGGGCUGACCGGGCGUUGCUACAAGAGAACGGCACCGUUAUUCUAUUAGCCGUUUAUUAGCGCCCCAUGGCCCAUGGCCGGCGGACCGGGAGCGCGAGCGCGGGCAGCGGCAGGCAGGCACCACCAUGCUCGGCGCCGUCCUCCGGAUGCGUCUCCGCGUGCUCCGCCGCCACCUCCGCCUCCGCGGUCGCAGGCGGAGGCGCCGCUCGCGGUCCCGGAGAGGGGGCGGCGGCGCGGCGGGGGGUAAGGAGGAGGGGCCGCGCGAGCCGGUGCUGCUCGUGUCCGGGAUGGGCGGGUCGGUGCUGCACGCGUGGCGGCGGUCCGACCUCAAGUUCGACCUCCGGGUUUGGGUGCGCAUCCUCCUCGCCGACCUCGAGUUCAAGAAGUACCUCUGGUCGCUCUACAACGCCAAAACCGGGUAUGUGGAAUCGUUGGACGACGAUGUGGAGAUUGUGGUGCCGGACGACGAUCAUGGGCUGUUCGCCAUCGACGUUCUCGAUCCUUCCUGGUCAAAUGAUCUAUGCAGUAUAUGAGGAAUCGCAGGGCUGGAACUGGUAGCUGAAAAUGGAGCAUUGAGACAGUGAUAAUACAUGCCAAGUUGCUAACGUACCUGCAUGUCAUAUCAACAAGAUUUGUGUUCGAACAAUUAAUCCAUCGGUGAAACUGAUGCUUAUCCUACUUGAUUGCUCUUGGUACUUAAACAUUUUGACGUUGAUUUCAGGUAGAAUUAAUUCCGUAACUGCUGAGUUUGAAACGAAAAUAAACAUUUUUUGUAUUGUAGAAAUAUUGGAAAGGGAAUUUGACUUAAAAAUGGUAUCUUAGCUGCUGAUACCGAAUGAGUUCACUUCAAGAAUUCAUGGGAUGGCUAAUCCCUCAUAGAGGGUAUUUAAUCAUGUAAUUCAAAUCAUUAUUCAAGAAGCGAAUUCCGUUUCUGAAUUAAUUGCCGUCUCUGAUUUAACCAGUUGUUGCAAAGAGCAUAAUUUUUGUGAUCUGAUUUGUGCCCCAUCUCUCUUAA